AGAACCUGUUAAGAGUCAGUUCUUGCGAAAAAACAUUGAGCCAGGAGCCAGACCCACCUCUUCACUAACUGAUCUUGUGCAAGUCAUCUUACCUCUCUGGAUCUCAGUUGCCUGAUCUGUAAAAAGGAGAUAAAAAUUCUUUACCUGUUUGAAGAUGAAGUGGAGGACCAUCCUACUACAAUAUUGUUUUCUCUUGGUUACAUGUAUACUUACUGCUCUUGAAGCUGUGCCUAUAGACAUAGACAAGACAAAAGUAGAAAAUGCUCAACCUGUGGACAGUGCAAAGAUAGAACCACCAGAUACUGGACUUUAUUAUGAUGAAUACCUCAAGCAAGUGAUUGAUGUGCUGGAAACAGAUAAUCAUUUCAGAGAAAAGCUCCAGAAAGCAGACAUAGAGGAAAUAAAGAGUGGGAGGCUAAGCAAAGAACUGGAUUUAGUAAGUCACCAUGUGAGGACAAAACUUGAUGAACUGAAAAGGCAAGAAGUGGCAAGGUUAAGAAUGCUGAUUAAAGCUAAAUUGGAUUCCCUUCAAGAUACAGGCAUAGACCACCAUGCUCUUCUAAAGCAAUUUGAUCAUCUAAAUCACCUGAAUCCUGAGAAGUUUGAAUCUACAGAUUUAGAUAUGCUAAUCAAAGCGGCUACAAGUGAUCUGGAACACUAUGAUAAAGCUCGACAUGAAGAAUUUAAAAAAUAUGAAAUGAUGAAGGAACAUGAAAGGAGAGAAUAUUUAAAAACACUGAAUGAAGAGAAGAGAAAAGAAGAAGAAUCUAAAUUUGAGGAAAUGAAGAGAAAGCAUGAAAAUCAUCCCAAAGUUAAUCAUCCGGGAAGCAAAGAUCAACUAAAAGAAGUGUGGGAAGAGACUGAUGGAUUGGAUCCUAAUGACUUUGACCCCAAGACAUUUUUCAAAUUACAUGAUGUCAAUAGUGAUGGCUUCCUAGAUGAACAAGAAUUAGAAGCCCUAUUUACUAAAGAGUUGGAGAAAGUAUAUGACCCCAAAAACGAAGAGGAUGAUAUGGUAGAAAUGGAGGAAGAAAGGCUUAGAAUGAGGGAACAUGUAAUGAAUGAGGUUGAUACUAACAAAGACCGAUUGGUGACUCUAGAAGAGUUUUUGAAAGCUACAGAAAAAAAGGAAUUCUUGGAGCCAGAUAGCUGGGAGACAUUGGAUCAACAACAGUUCUUCACAGAGGAAGAACUGAAGGAAUAUGAAAACCUUAUCUCCAUACAAGAAACUGAACUUAAGAAAAAGGCAGAUGAGCUUCAGAAACAAAAAGAAGAGCUACAACGUCAGCAUGACCAACUUGAGGCUCAGAAGCUGGAAUACCAUCAGGUUUUACGGCAGAUGGAACAAAAAAAAUUACAACAAGAAAUUUCCCCAUCAGUGCCUGGUGGAGAAUCAAAGAUCCAGCCACGCAUUUAAAGUCCAAAGUCCACCAGAACUUAGAAUAAAAUUGUUACAUCAUCAUGUGUGUCAUCUUUUUACCUCCCUUCCAUUUCCUCUGCUCAGUAAAUAUUUUAAA